CUAUUGAUUCGGACUAGAGAGGAAAUGAACCCUAUUACCUCCGAUAAACUUCUUCAGCCUUACAAGACAGCUUAAAACCCAAAGCUUGGUGACUGUCUCUUCCCAACUCCAUCCCAUAUUCAACUUAUUUCCCCUUUCAACCAGCCUUUUAUUGCCUCAUAUCCCUCUGGACGUAAUUAUUUUCAGCUUGAUACCCAUCGCUGCAGUCAAAUCAGCCGCCAUGUUCUCAACAUUGUUGGCACGGACACUGGACCUGGCAGAGGGGGGGGGACGCUGGGGCGGCUCCUGGCGGACCUCAGAAGGCCUAACAAUUCCUGAAGCAAAUCAGAGUAUGGAAGAGAAGACCCCCGAGUCAAGGCAGAAUAAACCUAUAGCUAAUAGAGCCGGCUCUCAUAGUUGUUCCGGUGCUGAUAGGCACCCUCAGGGACCUGACCCAAUCUUCUACUGGUAGGACAUUUACCUGCUUCCAACGGCUGCCGUCCGAGUUGCGGAUGAUGAUAUGAACUGGCCCUCGAGAAACGCCGAUUGGUCGACCUAUUUGGGGACUGGAGGACGCCCAUGGGCGGGGAGCAGGUACUACAGUGACGCCUACAAAAACCGCAACCACCUCGGGAAGGUUGUCAGCGGCCAGAUUUACACCCUCACCUCCCCGGCCAGCCCGGAUUUGGGGCGUUUUGCCCCGCCCCUGAUGACGGUGAACUUCGAGGCCAGGAGGAUGGCCCUCGAGUUCUAUUACAUCAUGAUCCCCGCCAAGACCCGGACGAACCCGACCAUCUACCUCAACCCGACGUACGACCCGAAGGGCGUCGGCCUCGCCCACUGGGUCGUGAGUCCCACGGUCCUAGAGAAGAUCGAGGCGCAUGGCUGCCGCUGGCUCAAAGAUUGGCCCAUGCCAGACCACGGGGCAAUGGCAGACAUCCUCCGCAGCCAGAAGAGCAUCAUAUUCACCCACAAGAAACUCCCACAGGGCCAGCUGUCAUACUGCGAAAAUUUUCCCUUCGAUGAGCUCUACCUCAACCUCCCCCGCGCCACCACCACAUCCGACUUGCUGGAGACGGACCUCAGGCCGGGAGUGCCCGAGUCGCUCGCAACCAUGUGGAUGGACGCCGAUCCUCUCGAUCUCAUGGACGUCUUCCGCUCGCUGCUGCGCCACAUCGACGCCCACGCCUCUGCCCACGCCGCCGCCACCCGCGCCGCCCGCGCCGCCGGCCAGCCCUUCAUCAUGCCGGACCCCAAGCGCAGACGCAAGUCGAGGAAGGGACAUCUUGGUGGAAUGGGGCUGUACGACCUCUCGGCGUGCAAGCCCAGGCUUGGGGUGUUUCUGUAG